GUCAAUGCCAGCGGAGAGAGGCGGAGCGGCCACCCAAAUCCAAAAGGGCGUGGAGAAGGUCGACAUGGGCGUGGAGGCGGGGGAUGGCUGGAUGAGCCUGUCGGAGACGGUUUUCAGCUUCUUGGAGGAGGGCGGGAGCUCCGACGGGAGCUCUCACGGCGACCGGGGCGGCGACGACGCCUUCGAAAGCGGCGACGAGGAGGGGGGUCGCGAGAGCAGCGCCGUGGAGAACAAGGCGUUUUGGGAGUCACAGCAACAGCUUCUUCACGAAGCGUUAUCACGGAUUAGCUCUGCAGAGGUUAAAUUACUGCAGCGAACAAAGGAUGCAGUAGAGAAGAUGCAAGCGAAGGGUAUCGUGUGCUCAUGCUCCAAUAGAAUGGCCAAAGAAUGCCGGAAUUGCGCAUUGGCAUACAUCGCCAAGGAGCUCCGUGAGAUAGGAUAUGACAGCGGUCUGUGCAAGUCCAAAUGGAAGAGAUCGCCGGACAUUCCUUCAGGGGAGCACACGUACAUCGACGUGAAGAUGGAAACUAAGAGCGGCAAAAAAGGGCCCGUGAGGCUCGUGAUCGAGCAAAAUUUUCGGGCGGAAUUCGAGAUGGCGAGAAGCAGCCAGGAAUACAACCGCCUGGUGAUGUCCCUGCCGGAGAUCUUCGUCGGCAAGGCGGAGAAACUCCGCGGCGUCGUGAAGAUCGUCUGUGCGGCUGCGAAGAAGUGCAUGAAGGAUAACAAGAUGCACAUGGCGCCGUGGAGAAAGCACAAGUAUAUGCAGUCGAAAUGGCUCGGGACGUCGGAGAGGAUCGUCGGGCCGGCUAUGGAUUUCCCCGCGGCGACCGUCUCCGAUCAGCGGCAGCCGCCCAAGCUCCGGGCGUCCAUGCUGACAUUCGACCUCCACCGCAUGGUGGUGGAGGUGGUGUGAGUCGAGAGGAGGAACGUGUGGGUGUUUGGGAAACUUGCUGCGGCUUUCUACUCUGCUUCAGUUUUGCUUCACGACUUUCGAUUGACUAUUAGAGUGUAAUCUAGCGAUAAAUUUUAUCUAAUUGAGUGAAGAUAUAAAAGAAACGAGAUUUAGAAAAGCAAAAAAAAAAAAAAAAAAAGAGAUUUCGCUUUCUAAAUGUUGGAAGCGGCGGCUGGAAUAAAUGCGGACACUUGUUCAUCUUCCACAAUAUUCUUCCGGUGCCUGUAGAAGAAUAGGAGGAGAAUAUUGCGUGUCUUGUGAAUGAUUGGAGAAGCUGUGAAGCUUCGUUUUCUGUAAAUCUUCUCAAUAUCAGUUAUUAAAUAUAUCGUCUGCAAUAAUUCAGUGGACAA